AUGGCCCCUCCCCAUCCAAGAGAUCCAUCAACGGCGUCUAAUUAUGAACAAGUCUCCGUUUCUCACUACGUCGUGAAAUGGAAUGUCGAUUUUGAUAAAAAGUGCAUCGCUGGAGAUGUUAAGUUGGUAUUAGAUGUUAAGCAAGAAACGUCAGAGGUCAUAUUAGACACUCGAGAAUUAACAAUUCGAUCCGUGUCGUGCGCUUCCAACGGAGAGACCAAGGAAGUUGAAUACGCAAUGAAAGAUAACGGCGCUUUGGGCCAAAAGCUGAUUGUGUCUACCACUCUAUUGAAAGCCGGCGAUAAACCUGUACUGACAGUGAAGUACGAAUCCAGCAAUAAUGCAGCUGCUCUUCAAUUUCUAACGGCUGAACAAACUACUGAUAAAGUCGCCCCAUAUCUCUUCUCCCAAUGUCAGGCAAUCAAUGCCCGCUCUAUUGUUCCAUGUAUGGAUACUCCAUCAGUAAAAAGCACAUAUGAAGCAGAAGUGUGCGUUCCAGUCGGGCUGACUUGCUUAAUGUCGGCGAUUGGACAAGGAUCAAAAUCGUCAGAAUGCGGGAAACAUACUAUUUUCUCAUUCAAGCAGCCUGUUUCGAUUCCAUCAUAUCUUCUUGCUAUAGUUGUUGGACAUUUAGAACGCAAAGAAAUCAGCGAUAGAUGUGCAGUUUGGUCCGAACCAUCUCAAGCGGAGGCGGCUCUUUAUGAGUUUGGAGAAACCGAGAAGAUUUUGAAAGUUGCCGAAGAUCUUGUUGGUCCUUAUGUUUGGGGUAGAUAUGAUUUAGUCGUACUACCAGCAACAUUCCCCUUCGGUGGUAUGGAGAAUCCUUGCCUCACAUUCAUCACUCCAACUCUUCUCGCUGGAGAUCGUAGUCUGGUCAACGUGAUUGCUCAUGAAAUUACGCAUAGUUGGACUGGAAACCUCGUAACCAACUUCUCUUGGGAACACUUCUGGCUGAAUGAGGGAUUCACAGUCUUCAUUGAAAGGAAAAUUCACGGAAGAAUGUACGGUGAACUGGAAAGACAGUUUGAAAGCGAAAGUGGAUACGAUGAGAGUCUUGUGCGAACUGUCAAUGAUGUCUUCGGACCUGAUCACGAGUACACUAAGCUUGUUCAAGACUUGGGCAGUGCUGAUCCAGAUGAAGCUUUUUCCUCGAUUCCAUAUGAAAAAGGCUCCGCUCUCUUGUUCACGGUUGAACAGACAAUCGGGGACAAUGCUCGAUUCGAACAAUUUCUGAAGAACUACAUUCAGAAAUAUGCUUACAAAACAGUUUCUACAGAAGAAUGGAAAGAAUACCUGUAUGACACGUUUUCUGACAAAAAAGUAAUUCUUGACAAUAUCAAUUGGGACUUGUGGCUUCACAAAGCUGGACUACCCCCAAAACCAGAAUACGAUUCGACCCUGAUGCGUGCAUGCAAAGAUCUUGCUAACAAAUGGACUGCCGAAGGUUCGGAAGCGCCGACAGAUGGAGAAGUAUUCGAGAAAAUGUCGAACUCUCAGAAGUUGGCUGUGAUUGAUGCAAUCCGUGUAAACAAAGGCAUAUUUGGAGAUCGUAUGCCAUCUUUGACCGCUACCUACAAGUUGGACCAAGCCAAGAAUGCUGAGCUCAAAUUCUCGUGGCUUAUGCUGGGACUCGAAACCAAAUGGACACCGAUCAUUGAUGCCAGCUUAGCGUUUGCUCUGGCUGUUGGCAGAAUGAAGUAUUGUAAACCAAUCUAUAAAUCAUUGUUCGGAUGGAGCGCCACUCGCGAACGCGCCGUUUCCCAAUUCAAAGCGAACAUCCCGAAUAUGCACCCAAUCACGGUAAAAGCCAUUCAAAGUCUCCUCAAGUGA